CCAAACUAUAGCGGCUACAAUCUCUCUCUGUGAUCCCUUCUGCAAGAAACGGCCUUGUUUUUUCAAAGGUGAAGUCAGUGCCAGUAUCUCAUAGCCCACAGAUUCAUGGUAGGUCAACGACUUGUCAGUUGUCAUUUCCUAAUUCUCCUAGAUAAUUACUCGUAGUAGAUACGAUGUCAUCACAUGAUUACCACUAGUAUAUAUCAGUAUUACCUUGGAAAAUUUGACACAUACCAGCAGACAGGCUGCAGCUCCUUCAGUUUAAGCCAUGGCGGCGUUUCUGGUCUACGUGCUCGUCCUUGUCCCUCUAGCCGUCGUGCCUUUCGUCUACUUCAACCGCGUCGCGCGCCGGCGCGGCGGCGACGUCCGGCUGCCUCCGUCGCCGUGGGGGUUGCCGGUGAUCGGCCACCUCCACCACCUGGUGGGCGCGCUCCCGCACGUCGCCAUGCGCGACCUGGCGCGGCGCCACGGCCCGCUCAUGCUGCUCCGGCUCGGCGAGCUCCCCGUCGUCGUCGCGUCCUCCGCGGAGGCGGCGCGCGAAGUGAUGAAGACGCGCGACCUCGACUUCGCCACGCGGCCCAUGAGCCGGAUGGCGCGGCUCGUCUUCCCGGAGGGCGGCGAGGGCAUCAUCUUCGCGCCGUACGGCGACCGGUGGAGGGAGCUCCGCAAGAUCUGCACCGUCGAGCUGCUCAGCGGGCGGCGCGUCCAGUCCUUCCGACCAGUCCGCGAGGAGGAGGCCGGCCGCCUACUCCGGGCGGUGGCGGCGGCGUCGCCGGGGCAGGCCGUCAACCUGAGCGAGCUGCUGUCGGCGCACGCCGCCGACUCGUCGGUGCGCGCCAUCAUGGGCGAUCGGUUCAGGGACCGCGACGCGUUCUUGGCGAUGCUGGAGCGCGGCCUCAAGCUGUUCGCCAAGCCUGCACUGCCGGAUCUCUACCCGUCGUCGCGCCUCGCCAUGCUCCUCAGUCGAAUGCCGCGUCGGAUGAAGCAGCAUCACCGGGACAUGGUCGCGUUCCUGGACGCCAUCAUCCAGGAGCACCAAGAGAACAGAUCAGCCGCCGCCGACGACGACAACGACUUGCUCGACGUGCUCUUGAGGAUCCAGAGGGAAGGCGACCUGCAGUUUCCCCUGUCCAGUGAAAGCAUCAAGGCAACAAUUGGAGACAUGUUGGUUGGGGGCAGCGAGACCGCAGCAACGACGCUGCAUUGGAUCAUGGCGGAGCUCGUGAGGAAUCCGAAAGUGAUGCAGAAGGCACAAGAUGAAGUACGACGAGAGCUCAUCGGGCAUCGUAAAGUGACAGAAGAUACCCUAUGUAGACUGAAUUACAUGCAUAUGGUCAUCAAGGAGGCACUCCGGCUACACCCACCGGGAUCAUUGCUGCUACCACGGGAAUGCCGACGCACGUGCCAAGUCCUAGGAUACGAUAUACCCAAGGGAGCAACGGUGUUUGUUAACGUAUCGGCUAUUGGUAGGGAUCCCAAGUACUGGGACGAAGCUGAAGAGUUUAUUCCAGAGAGGUUUGAGCAUAGUGAUGUUGACUUUAAAGGCACACAUUUUGAGUACACACCAUUUGGAGCAGGUCGGAGGAUGUGCCCUGGCAUGGCGUUUGGUCUAGCCAAUGUGGAGCUCACAUUAGCGAGCCUCCUGUACCAUUUCAACUGGGAACUGCCGAGCGGGAUACACGCUGAGAACCUAGACAUGACAGAGGAGAUGCGAUUCACCACGCGGCGGCUCCAUGACCUUGUCCUUAUUCCUGUAGUCCACGUACCCUUGCCUACAAUAUAAGCUCAUCAUAGCACACUGAUUUUUGUACAACACUUAAGCAAUCUUUUUGACUGGCAACUCAAAGGUGCAACCACCUAUGGUGAAGCUUGAGGCUAUAUGUGAAAAAUAAAUUUUCAUAAGCGGCUUCUUAUAAGAUUUCCACCUACACUAAUCGUACUUUGAUAUGCACCUUAUCAUGAAAUGUAUUUGGAAGCUUUGCUUGUUUGAUGUGAUUGUUAUGUUAAACUUUUUCUUGUAAUUUCUUUGUGGAAA